AUGGCUUCCAAUUCUCUUUAUGAUAUGCUUGUAAAUGACUCUGACUUCUCUGAAUCUGAUGACGAUUUGGAGAUGCUCAAAGUUGUUACUAUGGAUGAAGAACUACUAGAUAAUGAGAUAGGAUCAAGCUCACGUCGUGGUUCUGUUCGAGGUCGUAAAGUCAUUCAUCGUGAUCAUAUUCAAGGUCAUGAAAGGCUUUUUCUCGACUAUUUUGCUAAAUCGCCUAUAUAUCCUCUUGAGCUAUUUCGAAGGAGGUUUCGGAUGAAGCGUUCACUUUUUCUUCGAAUUCAAGCUGCAAAGAUAACUGUCGCGCUUAGGAUGCUUGCUUAUGGAGUAGCCGUUGAUUUUAUGGAUGAAUAUGUGAGAAUUAGAGAAAGUACUGCAAUAGAAAGCUUAAAAUAUUUUGUUAAAGCAGUUGUUAAUAUUUUUUCUAAUGAGUAUUUGAGGUCACCAAACUGUAAUGACAUCGCUAAACUACUAGCGGUUGGUGAAAGUCGUGAAUUUCCUGGAAUGCUGGGGAGCAUUGAUUGUAUGCAUUGGAAAUGGAAAAAUUGUCCGACUGCGUUGAAAUAUGUGUAUACUGGUCACAUUCAUGAACCAACAAUUAUUUUGGAAGCUGUUGCAUCUUAUGAUCUUUGGAUUUGGCAUGCAUUUUUUGGAUUACCUGGGUCUCAUAAUGAUAUCAACGUGCUAGAAAGGCCUUUUGUAUUUACCGAACUUGCUCCAGGGCGUGCUCCUGCGGCCAAUUACACCAUCAAUGGUAAUGAAUAUACAAUGGAAUACUAUCUCGCCGAUGGUAUAUAUCCACAAUGGUCAACAUUUGUGAAAAAAAUUCCUUCUCCUCAAGGAAAUAGGAAAAAAAAUUUUGCAGCAGCUCAAGAGGCGACAAGAAAAGAUAUAGAACAUGCAUUUGGAGUGCUUCAAGCACGAUUUGCAAUUGUGCGUCGACCGACACGUUUUUGGAAUACUAAAAUGCUUAAUAUAUUAUGA